AUGGAGUUUACACAAGAAACAGACAUAACAGAAACUCAACCACCACCACAAUCACUUUCAGAAAAUCAAAUCAAUUUUCAACAAUUACAACACAUGCAAGCUGCCAAUAGUAUAGACAGACACUACACACCACAACUAAAGUUUACUAACUUUGCGGCUCAACCACCUAUUGUAACAAAGUAUGUUACUUCGAAAUUUUUAAGACACGAUAUUUCUUAUUUCAAUCGGGAUGAAUCAAAUAUCGGAUCGAAAGUAUUGGUGAUACAUCCAGGAUCAAGAUACCUUAGGAUCGGUCGCGCUUCUGAGGCAUUUCCUAUUGUUGUUCCACAUGUGAUUGCACGCAGAAUUAGAAAUAGAAAGGAGCAUGAAACACAGCAAGAGGAAGAAAAAAAAGAAAUCAAAGUCGAAGUCGAUACUGAACAUGUUCAUCCUGUUCAUGUCAAAAUCAAAAAGGAGAAGGAAAAGAAAGAAAUGUAUGAUGAGGAUGCUAAAGAAACCGAAUCUUGUUCAAAUUCGGCGGGUUCUUCGGUCGCGACGGAAGAAGAAGAUGAAGAUGAGGAACAUUUUAAACAAGCUGUCGGUGAAAUAAAAAAAGAAUUAAAAGAAAAGAUAAAGGCAUCUAAACGGAGACCUGUUGCCAAUGCACAAUCGCAAGUUCACUCAUUUAAUAAAUCUGUUCAUCCAGAGAUAAUUGCGGAUCAUAAUGAUCCUUAUAGAGUCGAUUGGACUUUGGUAGAUGAGGAUGCCGAGUACUAUGUAGGAGAAAAGGCCCUUAGAUUGCUCGAUUCAGAUGAUUCUUUUAAUUUGUUUUAUCCGAUACAAAAUGGAGAAUUCAACACCAGGGAUUACGAUUCCAUAAAAGCUGUAAUCGGGGAUCUAGAAACAAUUUGGUCUGAGUCUAUUCAAGAAAAAAUUGGAAUUUCUCAAAAAAACUUCAGGAUCUACUCUGUAAUUCUUAUUAUUCCUGACAUAUACAAUCGACUAUAUGUGCUGGAAAUGAUCACAAUGUUGCUACGAUAUAUGGGUUUCCGACGCGUUUUUGUGGCACAGGAAUCUAUAUGUGUCAGUUUUGGAGCUGGCAUGUCGGUAGCAUGUAUUGUUGAUAUUGGAGCCCAAACCUCUACCAUCACGUGUGUCGAAGAUGGAAUGUGCAUUCCCGAUUCCAGGGUAUACCUUCAUUAUGGGAGUGACGACAUCACGAAUUUUUUCAUUAGACUAUUAAAAAGAAGCAAGUUUCCAUAUUCUGAUAUGGAUUUAAAUCGUGCAUAUGACUGGUCGUUGGCUGAAGAACUGAAAGAGAAAAUUUGUACAUUGGAUGAAGCCAAUCUUACUAUUCAAUUAAACGAGUUUUAUGUUAGAGCCCCUAAUAAACCUACAUUGAAAUAUCACAUUAAGACGUACGAUGAUGCGAUUAUUGCACCAAUGAUGGAGCUAUUACUAACAAUGGAGUAA